AUGGGCUUCAUCGCUGGAUUUGUGAGCGGAUUUGCCCUCACCAGCUCCGCCCUAUUUAUCACUAUGCAAGUCCACCGCACCACGCGCUUGCAACAGCGGCGAGCGAUUCGCGAACAGGUCGAGCAGAUCAACUGGCUCGCCUCCUCUUCCGGUGCCUAUGACCGUCGCCUUCUCCCAGAAGAUCCACCGCGACGAUCCGAAGAAAGACACACCCCACGAGAAGACCAGAUUACCAUGAAAGAGGUUCUCAAGCACCGCUGGAACCAAGAGGUUGAGAAGUUCGCCCGGAAGGCAUACGAAAGUCGAUGGGAAGAUGUGAGAGACACCGCCAUGGAGGGUUGGAAAGCGGCUUUGAGGCUUGUGAAGAAAGAGUGA